UCCGUUUGACUUGCAUUUGAGUUUGUAUGUGCGGUGAAUUUCUGUGCAUAUAAAUCAAGUUUUGGCGAUUAGUUUGAUCUGAAUUCUACGUUUGCAAAUAAAGCAGUCAACAAAGCUGUGGUACACCGUAAACUAAUUAAAAAAUGCUGCGACAAAUCACAAUUUUGAAGCAAAUUGGCAGAAUGAGUUUUGCUCCAUUGGCUUGCAAUCACGCUACAAGAAUAGUGCCAGAUUUAACAAAAGACAGAUAUUCGGUCAAGCGUGGAGACUAUGGCACACUUACAAAUGACGAUAUCAAGUACUUCGAAUCGAUUUUAUCCGAUCGUUGCAUCACCGACAAACACGACAUCGAAGCGCAUAACAUUGAUUUUUACUACUGUUAUCGCGGCAGCAGUCAAUUGUUGCUGAAACCAAGGACCACCGAAGAAGUUUCGGUAAUUUUGAAGCAUUGCAAUGCAAGAAAAUUGGCCGUUUGCCCACAAGGUGGAAAUACUGGCUUGGUAGCUGGUACAACGCCAAUUUUUGAUGAAAUAAUUCUAUCGAUGCAGCUUAUGAAUAAGGUCGAACACGUCGAUGAAACGUCGGGUAUUCUGGUGUGCCAAUCGGGCUGUGUAUUGGAGAAACUUGAAGAGCGUGUAUUACGGCAUAAUCUCGUUAUACCAAUUGAUUUAGGGGCGAAAGGAAGUUGCCAUAUCGGUGGAAAUGUUUCCACCAAUGCCGGUGGAUUGCGGCUAUUAAGAUAUGGAAAUUUGCACGGAAAUGUAUUGGGAAUUGAAGCGGUUAAGGCAGAUGGAACGAUUUUGGAUCUAAUGUCGAACUUCAAGAAGGACAACACAGGAUAUCACUUGAAACAUUUGUUCAUUGGAUCGGAAGGAACGCUUGGUGUGGUUACGAAAUUAGCCAUCGCCUGUCCAACCGCAUCGAAAGCGGUAAAUGUAGCUUUUCUUGGCUUGAACAGUUUUGAAGAUGUUCUAAAAACAUUCACUGCGGCCAAACGGGAUUUGGGUGAAAUUUUGUCGGCGUGCGAAAUGAUGGACCAUCAAUCGCUUCGUAUUUGCGUUGAUCACUAUAAACUGAAAUCACCAGUGGGUGAGUAUCCAUUUUACUUGCUUCUCGAAACAUCGGGCAGCAAUAUAAAGCACGAUGAAGAAAAAAUGAGCAAUUUCCUGGAAUCAUCGUUGUCACGAGGUGAUAUUCAAGAUGGUACAGUAACCAGUGAUCCGAGCAAAGUAGCACACAUCUGGUCGAUUCGUGAACUCCUUCCAACUGCUAAAAUCAAUGAAAAGUACUUUUUCAAGUACGACAUUUCAGUGCCGAUUUCACGCUUCUAUGAGAUUGUGGAGGUGAUGAGAGAGCGUCUCGGUUACUUAGUCUAUGAUGUUCAAGGUUUUGGUCACAUGGGUGAUUCGAAUCUACAUAUAAAUGUCCUUUGCGAUGAAUAUAGUGAAGAGAUUGAGAAGCGCAUUGAACCAUUCAUUUACGAAUAUGCGGCCAAAUUGAAGGGAAGCAUCAGCGCCGAACACGGAAUCGGAUUCCAAAAGCGUGAAUAUUUGAAAACAUUCAAACAGCCCGAAGCAUUGCAUUUGAUGAAAGAACUCAAGUUGGUGAUGGAUCCAAACCGAAUUUUGAAUCCGUACAAAGUCUUGUGUGAUUAGGUAAGGUUUUGUGUUUGGAGGGAUUUUUUUUCUUCAUUUUUUCCCCAAAAUUUUAGCUUUUAAAAUAAUGGUUUUUUUUUUCUACAAAUUUUUUGCAAUAAAA